AGUAAUCUUCAGUUUUGCAACAACGCAUUAGCGUGGGAAGUGAUUUUGAAGAAAGUUAAGUGAAAUAUUAAUCGGGAAAAGUCGGUAUUCCUUGCCAUCAUCGUCGUCAGCCUUUUUCAACUAUGUCCCCAUUAAUAUCUCUUCUCACCACCUUCAUAUUGGUAGUACUUUGCACUUGGUUGUGGUUGGUGAAACAAAAACUCGGAUACUGGCAGAGACUUCACCUGCCUUUUGUAAAACCCUUACCGCUGGUUGGUAAUCUUAAGGAUCUUUUCUUAGUAAAAAUAUCAUUUGGUGAACUUUUCCACAAUCUAUACCAUCAUCCUGAAGCUUGCCAAGCACCAGCAGUGGGUAUAUAUUUGCUAAAUAAGCCUGCUCUGCUAUUACGGGAUCCAGAGCUAAUUCGGUUGGUCUUCAUUAAACAUUCGGACAAAUUCCAAAAUCGUUAUGAAGCAGCAGAUGCGGUGCACGAUCGAAUGGGUGCCCUAACACUACCUCUAUCGAAAUUUCCCAUGUGGUGGGGUUGUCGCAAGAAAAUGUCUGCAGCCUUUACCAGUGGACAAAUUAAAUUCCGCAUGUACCCAUUAAUGCUGAGAGUAACUCAUGAACUGGAACAGUUUCUUGCAAGAAAAUUGAAAGGGAACCCCUCACAAGAUGGCGUAGUUGUAGAAGUCAAAGAAAUGUUGGCUCUCUUCACCACAGACCUUACCUCGGUGCUGCAUUAUGGCAAGGAUGUCAAGGGCUUGGCUCAAGGUUACUCCGUGCUGAGGGAACAAACAUUAAAACUUUUUGAUAUUGGUAUACGAAGACUGUUGGACUUUUUCAUCAUCUUCUUUUGCCCCGAAUUGACCAGUUGGUUACGAGCCAAGUUAUUUAGCCCCACUUAUGCCAAGUUUAUUCGUCAAUUUACCCAAGAACUUUAUGAGGAAAGAAAGGAACGCUUCGGCAAUGAAUGUAAGCAAGGAAACUUAGUGGAUAUAUUACUGCAGUUCCAAAGAGAAAAUCUCCAAGAUCCCUUACACUAUAGCCAGCAUAAGGAUUUUGUAGCCUCCCAAGUGGCCAUAUUCUUAUUGGCAGGCUUUGAGACAUCCUCCUCAGUUAUUGGCUUCACUUUAUACGAAUUAGCCAAACAACAGGAUGUACAGCUGAAGUUGAGACUAGAACUUAAGCAAGCAUUUGGCCAAAGGGCUGAUCUAGCCUACGAAGAACUUCAAGCUUUGCCCUAUUUGCAGCAAGUGUUAUGUGAAGGCUUGCGUAUGUAUCCAGCUGCAGCAUUUAUCAAUAGGGAAUGUACCACCAGGCCCAGGGCCAAGGGAUUUCAAUUGACCAGUGAUAUUUUUAUACCACAUGGCAUGCCGGUAUAUGUUUCCAUUCUAGCACUACAUCGAGAUGCAAAGCAUUGGCACAAUCCUCACAAAUUUCAGCCGGAACGUUUUGCCUCUUGCAAUUUGCAGUCCAUUAAUCCCAUGGUUUAUCAGCCCUUUGGUGUGGGACCACAUUCCUGCAUUGGCAGUCGUUUGGGUCUUUUGCAAGUUAAACUAGCUUUGGCCCAUAUACUGAAGCUAUAUCGAGUUUACACUUGCUCCAGCACCGCUAAGGAGAUACAAUUUGACCCAAGAUCUUUUAUGCUUUUGGCCAAGGGUGGAAUCUAUUUAAAGUUCAUCAGAGAUGAUUUGUAAAGAUCUGAUUGACAACAAUUGCAAUGGGCUGUGUUUAUCUAGUACAUGUAAUUUAGUGAAAGGAAAUUGUUAAGUUUCAUAGAUAUAAGAAACUAAAAUAUAUGUAUAAAAUAUUUAA